AUGGCGGGGUGGGCCGUGCGGCUGCUGGGAGAGCUGCGCAGGGGUGCCAGCCGGCGGGGCGGGCAGUGGGCCGCCGCCCUGGAGCUCCGAUUGGCGGCCCGGGCGCUCGCGCUCUUCGAGCCCCUGCGCGCGGGCGCCUCCGCGGACGCGCUGUCCUACAGCGCCGCGGUGGCGGCCUGCCGGCGGGGCGCGGACUGGCGGGGGGCCCUGGGGCUGCUGGCGGAGGUACCUGGCGUGGCGUACGCAGCCGCGGCGGCGGCCUGCGAGGCCGGGCUGCGCUGGGGGCAGGCCCUGGCGGCGCUCGAGCGGGGUGCCGCGUCCCGCGCGGAGCUGAGCGUGGUCGCCUUCAACAGCGUGAUCAGCAUGUGCAAGGCCUCCCGCGCGUGGGCCGCGGCCGUCGCGGCCCUGGCGGGCCUGGGGCGAUGGCGCCUGCGGCCCGACGCGGUGACCUACGGCGCCGCCGUCAGCGCCUGCGAGAAGGAGACGCAGUGGCCCCUGGCGCUGCACCUCUUCGCGGACAUGCGGGCCCGGAGGCUCGAGAGCCAGGUCUCCACGGGCGCCGCGGUCAGCGCGUGCGAGAAGGGCGCGCGCUGGCGGGAGGCGGUGGCCUUGCUCGCCUCCUCGCGGCGCCAGGGCCCGCCGAGCUCGCCGCCCUCGUUGAUCAUCUACAACGCGACGAUCAGUGCCUGCGAGAAGGGCCGGCAGUGGGCGGCGGCCGUGGCGCUGCUGCAUUGCGCCCGCGAGGACGUGGCCGUGCCCGACGCUGUUAGCUUCAACGCCGCCAUCAGCGCCUGCGAGAAGGGCUCCGCCUGGGCCGCCGCCCUGGCGCUGCUGUGGGGCAUGCGCGCGGAGGGGGCGACACCCGACUGCUUCUCGUUCAACGCCGCCGUGGGGGCCUGUGGCAGGAACCGGCGAUGGGCGCUCGGGCUGUGGCUGCUCCGCAGGAUGCGCGCCGAGCGGGCGGCGCCCGACACGAUCAGCUGCAACAGCGCCGCGAGCGCCUGCGAGAGGGGGCAGCAGUGGCUGCUGGCGGUCGCGCUGCUGCCAGAGAUGCGCCUGCGCAGGAUCAAGCCCAACAUCAUCACCUACAACGCCGUGGUGUCCGCCUGCGAGAAGGGCAGCGAGUGGUCGGCGGCGCUGGAGCUCCUCCGCGGAGCGCGCCAGCUGGGCCUGAGGCUCGACAUCGUCACCAUGAGCUCGGCGAUGAGCGCCUGUGCCCGCGGCCCGUGCUGGCCCGCGGCGCUGCGCCUCUUGGGCGAGGCCCGCGAGGCCGCCGUGGAGCUGGACGCUGUCGCCUGCUGCGCUGCGAUCAGCGCGUGCGAGACGGGCCACCAGUGGGAAGUCGCCCUGGACUUGCUGGCCGGCUGCCCCGGGGGCCCGGACGCGGCGGCGUGCAGCGCGGCGGUGAGCGCGUGCGAGAAGGGCCUCGAGUGGCAGCGGUCGCUUCUCCUGCUAGGCCAGAUGCCGCAGCUCGCGCUGAGGCCCACGGCGAUCACCUUCGGGGCCGGCGUGCUCGCGUGCCUGGGCGCCAGCAGCUGGGCGCUGGCCCUGGGGCUCCUCGACGAG